AUGGCGCAACCAGUAGACCAAAGUCCAUACUUCGCCGACCGGAGAGCAAAUGGCGGCCUCAUCGUUUCAGACGCGCCAAAGUUCGACCUGGAGAGCUAUGCCGCCAACUAUGACCAAUACGCACGCGUGAACCGUCUGAGCAACAUUGCCCAUCUGUGUCCCCCCUUAGCUCUCGAUGCCCUCCAUCUGGCCAUCCCCGCCUCCAAGAACGCAAAGGACACCCAACAGUACCUCGAUCUCACAAAACUGCUCCACCAAAUCAGCCCUGACGAUGCCUUGGCCGAAGUCGACACCGCAUGGGUUGAAAAGACCAACAAGCUGAACGAGCACGAGACGGAACGUCUGGAGAAUGAGCUACGCGGAUACAAGAACAACCUCAUCAAGGAGAGCAUCAGGAUGGGCCAGGAAGACCUCGGCACUCACUUCCUCAACAUGCACAGACUGGAGCUGGCAACAAAGGCCUACCACAAGAUGCGCGAGUUCUGCACCACUCCCAAGCACAUUGCCGAGAUGACGCUGAAGCUGGCAUACAUCAACAUCGUCUCGCCCAACUGGAUCUCGGCCGUCUCGACCGCUCAAAAGGCUCGCUCUCUAACCCUCCGUCCCGAAGACAAGCCCCGCUUCGACUCUGUCUCUCAAGCAUGCACCGGCUUGGGCUACCUAGGAUCUGGCAACUAUGGCCCCGCUGCCCACGCCUUCCUCGCAGUCGACCCCUCAUACGCCACCAUCGGCCCCGUCGCAAACAUCGACUUCUCUCAUGCCGUCAUGAGCGCCAACGACAUUGCAGUAUACGGAGGUCUCUGUGCCCUAGCCUCCAUGGACCGCCAGCAACUCCAAGACUCUGUCCUCGAAAACGCAAACUUCCGCAACUUCCUCGAACUAGAACCACAUAUUCGUCGCGCAAUUUCCUUCUUCUGCGGCGCAAAGUACAGCCAGUGUCUCGCUAUCCUCGAAGCCUACCGUACAGACUACCUCCUCGACAUCUUCCUCGGUCCUCACGUCAACAUGUUGUAUCAUCUUAUCCGCAGCAAGAGCAUUGUCCAAUACUUUGUCCCCUUCUCGCAGGUCACUCUGUCCGCUCUGUCCGAAGCAUUCCCCAAACAAGGAGGCACACCUCAAAUGAUGGAGACAGAGCUAGUCGACAUGAUCAACCGCGGCAUCCUCAACGCCAGAAUCGACACGGUCGAUCAACUGCUGAUUGCACCACCCAAGGACUCUCGCGCAGAUGCCCACCGUGGCGUCAUUGAGACUGCGGACGAGAUCGAACAUGCCUUGCGUCUGAAGCUGCACAAGAUCAACAUGGUUCAAGCUGGUCUGGAGAUCCAAGCUCCAAAGACAUCAAAGGGACCCAAGAACCCUGUGCCUUCGUCUUGGGGCCCUGGUCAGACACUUGGCUAG